UCACCGCUCACCAACUACAUUAGUCGGUCAGCCCAUUUCAUUCGUUCUAUUUUCCAUAAAGACAAAGAAAAAAACACCACAUUCAUCAUUCAAAUUGAUCAUUGCAAUCAAUUGCAAUUUUGCAUUAUAAUUUAUAGAUUUUAUUACUGUUGGGAUACAUCCGUGGAUAUUUGUAUUUCUUAACCUUUUUUGCGAAUUACAUAAGUUUAUUUGCAAUCAAAUAUUUUUUACUGUGCCGUAUAAUGUAUUUAUUGUAACUCUUAAGAGUUUUGCGUAUUGAGAUUAUAAAUUGUAAGUCGGACCCGGUAUAUUUUAUAAGCUGAAAUAAUGAAUGAUAAUGGUUGCAUACACUUAAAUAAUUUUAAAGCUGCUAAGGGUACGAAGCCUUAUAAAGUUGUGAAUGCAUUUUUUGUGUCGUGUACAUCCUUUGAUGCCAGAAGAUAUAAGGCUACAACAUGUGUCUGCUUUACUUGUGGCAAGCCAGGCCCACGCAUGCACUCCUGCCUUCACUGCAUCUAUUUCGGUUGCUAUGCUGGGCAUAUUCAGGACCACUCGAAAUCAAAGAAACAUUUCCUGUACAUUGACCUGAGCUAUGGUAAUGUAUUUUGUGCUCAGUGCCAAGACUACAUUUAUGACAGGGAAAUAACUGAGAUUGCCCUUACCAACAGAGUGAAGGAAGCAAAGUCAUUGGGAGUGAGCGUGCCAUACAUACCAUGGUUACCUAACCACAAUGAAGCAAUGGCUCUAAAACGUCUCAGGAAGCGUCGCGUCAUCAGCCAACACACCACUAUUGGCCUUAGAGGUCUGCAGAACCUUGGCUCCACCUGCUUUAUGAAUUGUAUUGUUCAAACAUUGAUACAUACUCCACUGCUAAGAGAUUAUUUCUUGGGAGAAAAGCAUAAAUGCAAAUCACAAGGAUCUGGCAAAUGCUUAGUAUGUGAGGUGUCUAAGCUAUUUCAGGAGUUUUAUUCUGGAGCCAAAACUCCACUGACUUUACACCGGCUCCUGCAUUUGAUCUGGACACAUGCGCGCCACCUCGCUGGAUAUGAACAACAAGACGCUCAUGAAUUUUUCAUAGCAACUCUUGAUGUCAUACACAGACACUGCAUGAAUGGUGUUGAAGAUGUGGAGAAGAAAGAAAAUGGCCGCUGCAAUUGCAUUAUCGAUCAAAUAUUCACAGGCGGCCUACAGAGUGAUGUUGUUUGCACUUCUUGUUCUGGCGUUUCCACCACAAUAGAUCCGUUCUGGGAUAUAAGUCUCGAUAUCGCCGGCACAUCUCUCCAAACGUGCCUAGAGCGUUUCACGAGAGCCGAGCACUUGGGUUCCGCGGCUAAAAUCAAGUGCUCGAAUUGCCGAGCCUACCGCGAAUCUACUAAACAAUUGACCCUAGAAACACUGCCGAUUGUGGCUAGUUUCCAUUUAAAACGGUUUGAACAUUCCUCACAAAUUGAUCGCAAGAUAUCCACUUUUAUUUCGUUCCCUGCCGAGUUAGAUCUGACGCCAUUCCUGUCGUCGCAUCGCCGAGCAGUGGACGUAGGUGCGGCAGAUAACAACAACGCGCCGGAAGGAAUAUUCGAAGACAACCGCUACUCUCUGUUCGCUGUAGUGAAUCAUUUGGGUUCGCUCGACGCCGGUCACUACACGGCCUACGUGCGUCAAAUGAAAGGCAGCUGGUUCAAAUGCGAUGACCACAUGAUCACUCGGGCGUCGCUCCGCGAAGUCUUGGACAGCGAAGGGUACCUCCUGUUCUACCAUAAAACAGUGCUGGAGUAUGAAGGUGACGUGUCUUAAGGUAUUUCUGCAUAAAUGGAUCAACAAAUAUAAUAUGUAUUUAUGGCUAUGUAUCGCUCCGUUUAGUUUCAUAUAAUUUCAACACAAAAUACUAUAUACAUAUUAGGACAAGUUUAAAUAAAUUAUGGUUUCUCGUGAUAUUAGUUAAUAAAUAUUAGAUCUCCAUCAUCAUAUUACUUCACGUGUCCUGAAUCGUUAACAAAAUUCUUAGAUUUAAGCUUUAACAUAAUAUGUUAAAUAUUAUUUAUUCUUACACUCAAGUCCUUGUAUAACAUGUUCAUGAAUAUAUAAUAGAUUUUAAAAAAAUAAUGCUAAAUAUUAAUUCAGUAUUUAAUAUUACUGUUGAAUUGAAAUGCCGCUGGAAUACUAUGGCAAUCAAAACCUAACUAUACAAUCAGUAACUUAAUCAUAAACAGUUGCAAAUCUAUCCAGAAAUGAAAUCUAUAAUAUAUCGUAUGGUAAUGCUCUGCGAUCGUCUCUCAGUGUACAUGAGUUGGUUAAUUUCAUAAUAUUCGGAAAUUACACUUCCUGUAAUAUACUCAGUGGAGUUUGGCGACAGGAAUAGACAAAACAAUGAUAAUAUUUGAGCUUACGAAAGAUCUACCACCGUUUAAUGAAUAUUAUGGCAUAAACUUAAUAAUUAUAAAUCUAUACUUAGUUUUAAACAUAUUUUUGCUUUAAUGUGUAUAAUCAUAAAAAAUGUACAGUAAUAAGCGAUAGUUUUAACUAUGAUUAUGAAUAAAAUGAAACAUAAACCUAAUAUUGAAUCAUUCCUAUUAAGAAAUAUUAUGAUUAUCUGUGUGAGUGAGUGUGUCUGUUUGUAUUCUAUUUAUAAUAAUUAAUUAUUACUUUAAUCGUCUACUGAACAAACAUUUUAAUCUACCUCGCUGUUUUUUAUUUGCAUUUCUAUCGAAACUUGCGAUGUGUAAAGGUCAUAUAAUUGUGAAAAUUGAUUCUUUUCUAAACCAUGAUACACAAGCGCUUAUUUAUUUACGCAUAUUUAAAAGAAAUCCUCACUUCAUAAGCGCUUUCGUUGAAUCGGAUAGUUUUUAUUACCUUUUCCAUAACGAAAACAUUUUCUCUGUAUUUCCAAAUAAAAUCCUAAUUUUAUAAAUUAAAAAAUAUGUAAGCGCUAAACGUUAAUCGCUCAUGUGUAUUAAUUUUAGGGUCUGUAUUAAAAAAAAUACGUAUCUGUUAUUGAUUACAUUUUCAAAUUGUUUAUUAGUUUAAAUAUUGAUUAUUACUACGUAUAUACUGUCAUAUACAUGACAGAUCAGUAAGAUAUGCCAGUGAUGCUAAACUACUGAUAUCACUUGAACUGAAAUCGAAAACUAUUAUAGGAACUUAUAUAAAUGCUUUCUCAACGUACACACCCUGGGAUGGUUUUAAGGCUCAACUCACAUUGGCGCAGUCGCGAGGCGUUGCGACCCGUCAUGUUUUUUGCCUAUAGCAUAUUUAUCUCUAUUUUCUCAUUAUUAAGGUAUAAAAUUUGUGUUAUGCAAGUAUAGAAACGCGCGUCGCCGUGCGUUACUCGCGCGCAGUGACGCGUCAGACGCCGCCCACACCAGACUUACCACAGUGCCGAAAUCCGACGAGGCAAGUGCGCGAUAAUAGAUGGAGACGAAAAAUGUAUUCCCUGUGAAUUUCUAUAUUACAACCCAAAAUUUUCGAUUUCUUUUUCUCCGUACAGCUUCUGGUAUAAUUUUAGUUUCUUCCUCCUCAGAUAUAAGAGCAAUUAUAAUAAGAUCGAUAUCAACCAUUGUACACUGUAAAGCACGGGCGCCAUUCACGAAUGUUCAAGUCUUUGACCUGAUCCAGCACUAUGAUCCGAGCAUGCUUAUGCGAGCGUUAUCGCGCGAAGACAUGCGUCUAUGCGCUUGCUUAGAAAAAGAGAACGCGACGUGACGCUUAGACUCUGUGUCAAUGUGAGUUGAUUCUAAGUAGAAAUAGUUCGUAACUUAUGACUGAAUUACUAUUUAUGACUUGUAAAACCAUGUAGUUAGUUGUAUGUAUUUUAUUUUGUGUGGAGAUAACGGCGCGUUCAGGUGGUAUGCGUUCAGAGCUAGAUAAAAAUGCGUAAGAUUUGUUUCAGUAUUUGUAUCCAUAUUUGUACCUAACGCGUGUUAUAACAUCAAACGCACUAAUGUUUCAUUAAAAUACAGCGUAGUUAUAAACGCUUAUUAUCUGACCGUGCCCUUAUUUUAAAUGAUAUAUUACAUUUUAAUACUUACUAAAUAUUGUGCGAGUAAAUAUUCGAUACCCCUUUAGAAUUCCCUUUUGGUGCAAAGAUUAAAUUAUACUGAAUAAAAAUUGUAGUUGCAGUUGCAGGGAUUACAAUUACUAUAAAUAUUUUUAUCGUCAAGCAAUUAAUAUUAAUUCACUAUUGGAAUAUUUCCCAAAUGCUUGUAAAUGUAAAAUAUGUUUUAUUUUUAUUAAUCAUUAUCAUUUGCUAGUGUAUUAAAACCUUUAUGCAUUUAACAAUUUAUAAUGGGAUCCGAACCUGAUCAAUUGUCCAAAAUAUCUAGAGAACGCUGAUAUUGUGAUAUACCGCAAGUUGAUUAUUAUUAUAUCAUUUUAAUCACGAGAAUAUAAUUUAUGACAAUAUAUUACCUAUGUGUAUGCGUUCUGGUCUUGUAGUAAAUAUCUAAAAUAAGUGUUAAUAUUUUCACAUUAAUUUGAACAGUCUUUAAGUGUUUAGACUGUCUUGACUACUUACUAAUAAUAACAAAGUUAAUAGUUAAGACAUAUAGACACAUAGAACAAUAAAGUAUUCUUGGAGUCUAUUGUUUUACCUUCGCUGGAAAUUUUGAUCUUGUCCUGUGCAAAUUAUGUAACAAACAAGUCUUUUUUUGUGUGGACAACUUAAUUGCCAAAUGCGACGUAUAAUAUAUAUUUUAUUGCUAUGUACGCUGCUUUACAUAGUAAUUUUAUAAAUACCUAUUAUAAUACAUAUAACAUAUACUUGAUGUAUGAUUACAUUAAGCAGUCAAAUGUUUAGUUAUUCGACAAGGCGUUAGACCAUGUUAGCAAUCGUGUCAUAGUUUCAUUUAUGAACUUUACUUGGAACUCAAUAAAAAAAAUUGAAAACGAAAUAA